AUGCUCCCCAAACCGGCCGAAAUGACCGAAAAGCUUGACUCGGAAUCUGUGCCGACAGCAGCUAUUGAUGCUCUGACGGAAAAUGAUAAAGCUUCUACAUCGAACGCCAUUAUCUCUGGAGACAGUACUGAUAUCGAAAAGAGCGAGGAUGCGCAAGUGGCCGCCUCGUCCGCUGCUGUUACGGAGGAAGAUCCCCAUCCAGUAAAAGGGAUCAGAUGGUGGUUAUUACUCUUGGCAAUCUACAGUACGACUUUUCUUUACGGACUGGAUAACACUAUUGUCGCCGACGUACAGGGUUCUAUUUUGGACAAAUUUGGUCAGAUCGAGAAGUUGAGUUGGAUUGGUACUGGUUUUCCUUUAGGCUCAGUUGCCGUGAUUUUACCGUUUGGGUUUGCAUAUGGUAGUUUCGAUAACAAAUGGGUUUAUGUUAUGAGCAUCAUUAUAUUUGAAACGGGAAGUGCAAUAUGCGGCGGUGCCCCAAACAUGGAUGCUCUAAUUGUUGGACGAGCAAUAGCAGUUUUCAGGGUUCUGAAUCUGAUUACACGCUUUACCACAUUGCGCGAACGAUCACACUACAUGGGAAUGACUGGGUUGACAUGGGGUGCGGGCACGAUUUUAGGACCGGUUAUUGGGGGAGCAUUUGCAGAUUCUUCAGCAACUUGGCGAUGGGCAUUCUAUAUCAAUCUUGUCAUUCUAGCUGCGUUCGCCCCGAUAUACUUCAUCUGGCUUCCCGCUAUUCCUGUGAUACCGGAAAAGACUUUUGUUGCAAAAUUUCUUGCAAUGGACUGGACAGGAAUGGCUCUUAAUGCUGGGAUUUACACUACCUGGGUUAUGGCUCUCACAUUUGGUGGCUCUAUGUACCCUUGGAACUCCGGCAGAGAAAUUGCGCUAUGGAUUGUCUUUGGCGUACUAUUAAUUGCAUUUUGUGUCCAGCAAUACACUUGUCUCUUCACAGAUCGCAAGCGACGUAUCUUUCCAGCGCAGUUCCUUCAGCGCCGAACGCUCGUCCUCUGCUUCAUAUGUACUAACUGUGCAGCGACAGCCUUCUUCGUCAUUGUCUACUACUUACCCAUCUAUUUCCAAUUUGUGCAUAACGACACUGGUCUGGAAUCUGCCGUCCGUCUUCUCCCCGUCGUUAUCUGCUUUGUGGUUCUUUCUAUUGUCGCUGGAACAACGAUGCCCUAUGUCGGAUAUUACUUCCCUUUCUACAUCGUUGCCGGCGUUUUAAUCGCUACUGGUGGAGGCUUGAUGUACACAGUCGAUGAAACAACCUCUACAUCCGCAAUAUACGGAUUCUCUGUACUCAUAGGCUUGGGAAGUGGUUCCAUGAUGCAGGCUGCGUACUCCAUUGGGCCGGCCAAAGUCAUCCCAGUAUGGGAGGAUAUCCCUCCCGUAAUCGGUUUUAUCAACGUUGCUCAAAUCGGUGGAGUUGUGCAUUCUCUUGCCAUAUCGGGAGUCAUCUUUCAGAAUUACGCUUUUCGUUACGUUAGCGCAGCUGUGAAAGACCUUCAUCUCUCGCCCGAACAGAUUCGGAGUGCCAUUGCAGGUACCAACAGUGCCGUCUUUGAUACGAUGACCACAGAGCAGCAGUCCUUAGCAAUUGGAGGCAUCGUGAACGCAAUGCAGAAAGUCUAUAUUCUAAUUGCUACGGCUGGAGCUCUCUGCGUCGUUUGUGGAGCGUUGAUGCAUCGUGAGAAGUUGUUCUUGGAAAGUUCUGCCGGUGGUGCUUGA